CAAAGGUGGGUUUUUUUAAUCUAUCAAGCUGCAUAACUUGAAGGGGGAAGAUCCAAGAUUUUCCCUCAUUUGAGGAAGCUUUUCAUUUUAGCCUAACUUUUGGAAAGGAUUCCAGACCAGAGAUACCGUAAAACACUGAAUGCUUUACCAGUUACCUGAUUUCUGUUGUACAACGGGCACCUUUUUACUAUAACAGCUGCUUCAGAUUUCCCUGGUGCCAUGAGAAUCUCUAACUUCUUUGAAAGAUAAUAUACAAAAAACAUUCAAUUCUCUGUUCGUGGCACUGUUCUUUGUGGCACUGUUUUUAUUGAAUUCUUUUGGAACUGAUUUGCUUAAUCUGCAAAUGAGAUUUUUUUUCUUCACGCUGAUUAUCCAGUGGGGGUUUCAUUUGAUCUCCUUGGGAAAAACACAUACUAAACCGCUAAAGCACGUGUAUUAGAGUCUAAGACAAACUGUCCCUUUAAAGGAAACUCUAGAAACUACAAUUGAUAUUUGCAAUAAAAACAUUAAGUAAGCAUAGCCAAAAACUUGCUACUAUACUUGACCUGAAUUUGGGCAACUACAAAAUUUAAGACUCCAAAGACAGACAUUGAGUUAAUUAAUAGAUAAUCAGAACGUGUGGAUAUAGUAUAAUACAGCAAGUUGAUAAGGCCUUUGUAUAGGAUUGUCGCUGUCUGGGAAUAAUUCCACUGUGGGAUCCCUAUAUACCUUUUUCCUUUGAUUUCUUCCUUCAUCACAUGGGGAAUCAACAAGACAAUCACUGUGCCAGAAACUAAGGAACGUAAUUUGGGCCAUUUGCUAAAAUCAAGUGCCUUGAUGCUUCAGUUAAACUUGUCCAGAUAAACCAAAGCUGCUUCUCUGCUGCGUAGUCCCCUGAGAUCUGGGAGCCAGUUUCCUGCAUGUGUUUAUGAAAAAGGAGUAUCUCCCUUAUAUUAUUAAGUGUUAUAACGAAGUCAAGUGGAAAAGUGCUAUUUGCCGUAUAAUAAAAAACAUCUAUUGUUCAGAGCCCUGAAAAGAUUAUAAUAAAUAAAACCUUACAUUUCAGGCUGUGUAAACCAGUUGCUUAUGUAAUAGAACAUGGUGUAAUUUUCCAUUUACAAUUUCAAUCCUGUAAUAAGAAAGCAAUCAAAGCAUAAACAAAAUGCACUUUAAAUGGGGCUGCAGGUAAUAUUUCCAUAAUGGCUGUCCUUAAAAACUGCAGCUGUUUCUUUUUUUUGUUCCCAGCCUCAAAUUCUUUUUACUUAUCUCAGUCAUUUAAUUAAAAGAAAAACAACAUUAAACAGAUGAAAGGCCAUCUUAAACCAAUUGCUACAGGCAGAGAAGUAAAAAGGCUCCAACAGCAUAGCCUACAGUUCACGCUUGGGUGGGUUAAAUUAACACCAUUUCUUAUGCUGUUUUCAGGAUGAGAUCAGAGGCUCUGCAGUGAAUAUGCUGUAAACCUGUGGGCAAAAGGGGUGUUUGCCUUGAUUAUCUGUCUUGAGGAUCCAGAAGUUCACCAUUUCUCAAGCACCUGCCAACGACCGCUUGGUUUUACUGGCCUCAUUGGCACAGUGGGAAGCCACCUGCUCAUCCAUUGCUUGUAGGAGGCAUAAAGUAACUCGGUGCUGCCCAUUAGGUUUGUGCACGGCGUUAAACCACCAGGACUAACGAGGGAUGAGCCAUCACGUUGCUGCCGCCAUGGGUGGCUGAUGGUGGAGGCCAUGUCACUGCAGCUGCACAGGGAUGGCUCUUCCAAAAUCCAGCUGGUUUUAUAGGAAGAAGAGGACGCUGAGGGGAGACCUCAUUGCUCUCUACAGCUCCUUGAAAGGAAGUUAUAGCAAAGUGGGGGUUGGUCUCUUCUCCCAAGUAGCAAAUGAUAGGAUGAGAGGAAAUGGCCUCAAGUUGUGCCAGGGGAGGUUUAGACUGGAUAGUAGCAAAAAUUACUUCACCGAAAGAGUUGUCAAGCACAGCAUUCUCGUAACAUAAUGUUUUAUUCCUUUCUUCCAAACCAUAAUGAUUUAUUCCUUAUUCCUUCCAAACCAUUCAGGGAUUCUAGGAUUUGGUGAGUUAGGAAAACAACGAUUUCUUUACGAGGAGAAACCGGUUUCUUCCACAGGAGACGGGAUGAAGCCCAGGAAACCGGAGGGAACGCCCCCACUUUCUACCGAGGGGCAGCCCCAACAUGGCGGGCGGCGUCAGCGUCUCCAUGGCGACGCGCUGAGGCCGAGGCCUGCGGCAGUGACGUCACCCGAACGCGUCUCCGCGCCGGCGGUCACGUGCCGAGCUCGAUGCGCUCGGCGCUCGCUCCGCCGCUCGGCACUCGGCUCCCCCCGGCGGCCGCUGCGGAGUGCGCGGCCUAUCCCGGAGCGUCCAGGCUCGUUCUGUCCCGGUCGCGACAUGUCCACCGCCAUGAACUUCGGCACCAAGAGCUUCAAGCCGCGGCCGCCGGACAAGGGCGCCUUCCCGCUGGAUCACUUCGGAGAGUGCAGCGCCUUCAAGGAGCGGUUCAUGGAGUGCCUCCGCCACAGCGGCUACGAGAGCGGAGCCUGCCGGCCCAGCGCCAUGGCCUACCUGGAGUGCCGCAUGGAGAGGCGAGUGGGGCCGGGAGGGGACGCGGCCCCGCGGGAGGCCCGGGUCCCUGCGAGGAGCAGGUCAUGGAAGCAUAGAAUCUCUGGGUUGGAGAAGACCACUUGGGUUAUCGAGGCCAACCAUUCCUGUCUGCCACUAAACCAUGUCCCUGAGCACCUAGUCUACCUGUCUUUUAAAUAUCUCCAAAGAUGGGGACUCCACCCCCUCCCUGGGCAUUUCCAGUCAAAAAACAGUCAAAAACAGUUUGAACAUCACUACAAUGAAGUAUAGUGGCAGCACGAGUGCUUCUCUAAACCGCAUUUACUUAAAAAUCUGGUAAAUGGUAGAAUUUUUCACAGCUCUUGGGCUGUCUGUUAAUUAAAGAUAACUGAGAGUCCAGGUUAGUUUCUGAGGAAGUGCUUAUUCAAUAUCUAAUAUCAGAAGAAAACAUAUUUAAUUGGAAAAUGUCUGUUAAACCUAAAUAUUGCUUUCCCAAAACUGGAGUUUCUGAGGCUUUGCCAAAUGGCAGUCAUUCUGAAUGGGUGGAGGUCUUGGAUUUCUUUAGAGUAAAUAAUACUAAAUGAAAUAGAAAAUCUUGCUGUUCUCUUAGUUAUAGACUAUAUUCCACAUAAUGUUUUUUUGUUGUUUUGUUGUUUUUAACUUAGGCAACUUAUGGCUAACGAACCACUGGAAAAGUUGGGAUUUAAAGAUCUGAUAGAUGAGAAAUCAGAAGCAAAGCCUGAAAAGUUGUAAUGAAGACAGACAACUUCAUUCCUCGUGUAUGGAAAGACUGAAUGAUGUAGUACAUAUUGUACGUUCUGUUCGUAUUGCAAUGGCAAGUGUUUCGUGAAGGAACCUUUAUUCAAAGUUUAAUUUUCCUAAAAUAAGAUUUUUUUAAAUGAACAAAAAUACUGCCUUUCCCUGCUUUUCUCAAGUAUUUCUUAACUUUUUUCUUUUACUUUCUCUAGCUUGCUCUUGAAGAUCCAUAAGAAUGUAUUUUUGCCCAGGGAAAAUUAUUGCCUGAAGUGUUCUCCCUACUUCUGUAAGAGUAGUGAAGUCUUAUUUUAAGAAGACAGAAAAAUCUCGCUUCAAUUUGUAGAUCUUGUUCUAUAGAUUCAUCUUAUAUGGUCAUUACUACUUUGCUUACAGCAAUGACUUACCAGGUGGAAAUAAAGCUGCUGUUGUACUUGCAGAUCACUUUUUAUUAAAUGCUGGUAUUAAUCCCCAUCUUUGGGGUGGUAUUUUUACCCUGCUAUAGCAAACGCUUGAGUACUAAGGCAGGGUUUUCUUUCAGUCUUUAAAUUUUCAUUGUUGUUGGGAGAGUGUUUCUAGUUCCAGACACCAGUCAGGUAGUGAUUCUGCUUUUAUUUACCAUGCCAACAGUGUUCACCUAACUUUAUUUUGUCAUUUAAGGGUAUCUUUCAUUAUGAAUAUAUUCAUUUCUCCAAGCAGAGCUGCCAUAUGUUUUGGGUUUUUUUAACAUCUUUAUGGUGAAAUCAUUGUGGAUGCAGGAAUGGUAAUUAUUUGUGUUGUAAUUAACUGUGAAAUGUACAUAUAAAUGCAUUUGGACAGUUUUAUUCUUUUAAAAACAAACGUGUUUUGUUGAAAAACAGGGCACAGUGAGAUUGAGCUAUCUAAGAAAUAGAGUAUUUCAUUCCAAAACACUCAGCUGCAACCUGUGCGCUGAGAAGUUGGUGCAGCUGGGCAUGUGGCCGAUGCGCAGUCAGAUCUGAGUGUGUCUUUAAGAUCUCUGAUUGGUGUUUGUAGAACUUAUUAUCAGAGCCAAUGGUAUAUCUCACGAAUACUAACAUAAAGGAGUCUGUCUGAAUUAAUACUGAGCCAAAAUAAUUUGGCCUGUUAACCCCUUUAAGCAGACAAUAAAUUGGUAACUCUUCUGGGUGUAUUUUUCUAUUUUCCAGUUUAUUUCCUGCCCCGUCCCCCUUGCUGCUGCUUUUUUUUUCCUUUUUUUUUUUUUUUUUUUUCUCCUGUUUUAAAAGCAAUGAAUCAUUUGUCUGUGUCUCUGGCUCUCAAACAGAAAGCUUUAGGGUCAGGGCCUGCAGAUAGUGAUACACACAGUUUGCCAAGGCAGUAUUACACAUUCUCCUUUAUUUUGUGUCCUGUUUUGAUACGUCUCGCCUUGCCUGCCGUCUGCUGUUAUUCCUUUGGCUUCUGCUUUUCUCUGCUGCGCAUCUGUUCACAGAGAGAUCCAGGAAAGGUUAAAAGAACGUUUUCUGCUCUUCAUAUUGAUUGUUGGAACUGGAUUUUCAUUGUUGCUUGGCUCUAAUCUGAUUAAACAGGCUGCAGGGAGUUCAGA